GACGGAGCAGCAACCUUCACACAGGGAGCCAGCAUCAGGGUAGCAGCAUCCCAGGGCAACAUCUCUCACAGCGUGCAAUCAGUUGCUGUCAGCGGACACAGACCCUCAUUGCCACCAACACCCAGUCUGUGGCGCGUGCAGUGACCACCAUGAAGGUUGUUGUUGUUGUUCUCGCUCUCGUCCUGACCCUGGGCUGUGCCGACGCCUGGUGGAUAUUCAGCCGCAACAACGAGAGGACCGCCACCGCCGAUGGCCGACCUGUGGACAGCGCAUGCGUGGCUCACGGACAGAGCGGCAACUGUGAGUUCUUCAACUGCUUUGAGCAGCGCCUGCCGUGUGGCCGCGAGUUCUACAUGCAGCGCUACGGCAACUUCUACUGCAACCGCUUCCAGACCUUCAUGCCAUCCUUCACAGCGGCCGGCCAGGAGUUCCUGCGCAAUACUCAGCAGUGCAUGAACCAGCGCUUGCUGGACACGUACUCCCGCGACUACGUCAACUGCCACAACCUGGAGCACGACGCCGUCGCCGCUGUUGGAGACUGCUACAGGCGUCACGGCUUCUGUGACAUCAUCGGCGACAACGCGCAGCAGUUCGUGGAGGUCCUUCAGGCCAACGACUUCUUCAGUUCUGGCGCUGGAAAGUUGUGGCGAGAGAUUUUGGGUCUGGCCAGACAUUGCGGGGGUCAGGCGUUAACCCGCUUCAUGGCCUCCGUGUCCUCCCGAGUCUCACCUCUUCGCUCCCUCAUCGGCAACGGCCAGUAAACAUCCUUUGUCCAUUCUCAGGCACUCCUGUCUCGGACCAACUUAAUCCUGGCUUCAAAUUAAAUUUAGGUUUUUAUAUUUUUAUAUUUUCCACUAGGUCUGUUGGUUUCCGAUGAUGACUUAUGAUAUUAUCUUUGAUGCUGACAUUUAUCCCCAGAAUGUGGGCAUUGUACUACGCAAGUACUAUUUGUGAGGAAAGAUGACAGAUUAAGAAGAAAAUUAAAAGCACCUUACAGUACAAUGUUAA